AGAGGGGAAGAGUGUUCAGACUUCCAGCUAGCUAAUGCGGAGUACGGAGUAUCUUCUUAACUUGAAGUUGACACUUGAGGCGAUUUCUGGGCAAACUACCACCAGACCUGAUACCUCUGUAGUUUCCUCUUCACAAUCCUCUCUCUAGCUCUUUCAGAACUUUCGAACCUGAGUCUUUAUUUUGUUAAGUUUGUAAAUGAACACAAACCCAUUUCCUCUUUCAGUUCAGUUUUCUGAUUUUUCUGCUCCAAAGUGACGGUUUUGUUUCCACUGCUCUUAAGCCUUUUUUUCGGGAAGCUAUAAAUUGACAUGCGCAUUUAGUUGUUUGUGCUCUGCUUACAUUGGAGAGGAGGAGCCUGGAAUAUUCCACUGGUAAUAGUAAAAGUGGGCAAAUGAAGGAGAGCGCUGUUCUUAUUUAUACUCAUGAUGCAACCAAGAAUGCCAUUUUUUGAUGGCCAAGUUGAAGCAAUCUUCUUAAAGGCUGGAUGUUGUAGAAUGUCAAAGGUUAUGGGUGAUUGCUUCUUAUACUGGAAAUUGAUUCAAGUAAGGUGGAGGUUGUGAUAAAGCGAAUUUGAAAGAAUGUCCCAAUCCAAUUCUUUUGAAAUGUCUGAGAGUUCAAAAGAACUUCGGUCAUUGGCAUUGACACCGACAUGGUCUGUUGCUUCUGUGCUGACUGUAUUUGUUGUUGUAUCACUGCUUGUGGAGCGAUCCAUACACAGACUAUGCACUUGGCUGAAAAAAACUGAUAGAAAACCUCUGCUUGCAGCUGCAGAGAAAAUGAAAGAAGAGUUAAUGCUACUUGGCUUCAUUUCUCUCUUACUUACGGCCACCUCUAGCAUCAUAUCCAAUAUUUGCAUCCCAUCAAAAUAUUAUGAAAGUGAAUUUGCACCUUGCAAGAAGUCCGACAUUGAAGAAGAAAAGCAAAACAAUGAUUUCAAGGAGCGAAAACUUUUGAUGGGCCUUAUUCUCCAUCAUCCUAAAAGAAGAAUGCUUAGUAGUUUGAAUCAAAAUACCUGCCCCGAGACUCAUGAACCAUUUCUAUCAUAUGAAGGCCUAGAGCAGCUGCACCGUUUCAUCUUUGUCAUGGCCAUUACUCAUAUCUUUUAUAGCUGUCUAACAAUGUUACUGGCUAUUAUCAAGAUUCAUACUUGGAGGGUUUGGGAGGAUGAAGCUCACAAGGACCAAAACGGGGCAUUAACUGAUAGGACAAGAGCAAUGACAAUGCGAAGGCAAUCAACUUUUGUUAGAGUCCAUACAUCCAAUCCUUGGUCCAGAAAUAGUGUUCUUGUAUGGGUGACAUGUUUCUUCAGGCAAUUUGGGCAUUCAGUAGUUCGUGCUGAUUACCUUACACUACGCAAGGGUUUUAUCAUGGUAUGGCUAAAACAUCAAUGUGUUAUAUAUUACUGAUGAACUGCAUACUUAGUCUCGAGCGUGCUGAUAGAGAUGGGUAAAUAUGUGCCCCUUGAGUUCAAUAACCAUCACCCUUAGUUAAAAUUCUACACAAAUGGUUUGGUUUAAUUUGAAAUUCUUCUUGAGGAGGGAAUGAUACAAAUACUAUUUCAAAAAUCUUUGGUUUAAUGUCAAUUUCUUAUUACAGUCUGGACUUUGUCUUACUAAUUUCCAUCAGCUAUAUUAUAUUCGGUCUAGCUGGAAUUGACUCUAUGUUGUGAUGAUUUGGUGAGUGAAGUGUAUCUGCCAGAUUACUUGGGUUUUUCUACUUAGUAUGCACAUGCUAAUUAAUAGGUCAUAUGCUC